AUUCGUUUCAUUCUAGUACAAAAUCGACAAGGAAAAACACGUCUCUCGAAAUGGUAUGUACCAUACGAGGAUGAAGAAAAGAUAAAACUCAAAGGCGAGGUACAUCGAUUAGUUGCACCACGUGAUCAAAAGCAUCAAUCGAAUUUUGUGGAAUUUCGAAACCACAAAAUAGUGUAUCGACGAUAUGCCGGACUCUUCUUUUGUGUAUGCGUUGAUGCAAAUGAUAACGAGUUGGCCUAUUUAGAAGCGAUACAUUUCUUUGUUGAAGUGUUGGAUUCGUUUUUUGGAAAUGUUUGUGAAUUGGACUUGGUAUUUAAUUUUUACAAGGUGUAUGCUAUUUUGGAUGAAGUUUUCUUGGCAGGAGAGAUUGAAGAGACUAGUAAAACUAUAGUGUUGACUCGGCUAGAUCAUUUGGAUAAAUUAGAAUAA